AUGGCAGAUGUGGAGGUGGUGGAGAUGGGGAAUUGCUCCACCAUCCAGCACUACUCUCCCGAUGCCAUCGAUUUGCCAAUUAUACAGGCUAUAAUCGCCGUCUUAUACUCCAUCGUGUGGGUAGCAGCAAUUGCAGGUAUCCCUCUCCGUCCGAUCAGUGUUUCUCGGGUGUCUCGCAGUCUCGGAUCUUCUGAUGAGUCUAACAGCCCUGCCGAUCACGGCCGUCGUCAUCAUCACCAGGGUCUGGGUCUUCCCAGCUUGUUAUGCAAAAUCAUUGGCGUACUGCAGGGUGGAAGUAUCUUUGUCUCCUCCUUCACCCUAACAGCUAUCGCAAUCGAUCGAUGCUUUUUCAUCGUCAAGCCGAAUCGGGAGAUAAUCGGCUUCUCCCGUGCCGUCCCUACCGUAUGCGUCAUCUGGGUGUGGGGCUAUUUGUUGGCCUUCCCAGUCGGGUUAUUCUCAAAAACCGUCUCUUUCGACGACCUGUGCGGAGAAUUCUGUGAAGAGACAUGGCCGGACACUGAUCAGAAUGGAUUUUCAUCUAUCAGAAGACUAUACGGGAUCACUGUGCUGUUGUUGCAAUUUGGGAUCCCAACUGUGAUUUCAUCGCUGUGUUACUGGAUGAUCUCCCGAGUGAUGUCGUGCCAGCUAGAAAAGAGGAGAGGCCAGAAGCUGUUGCCAGACCGAGAGGGACAACUGGAGAAGAGAAAAUCUCGAGCGAAUCGGAUGAUGAUAUCGAUGGUUGGGGGAUUGGUGUUGGCCUGGAUGCCGCUGAAUGCAAUGAAUCUGCUCAGGGACUUCUUUCAAUUUGGUGGUGAGGGCUGGUUCUCGACCGUCUUCGCGUUGUGCCACGUAGUCGCUAUGACGUCGGCGGUGUGGAACCCGUUAAUUUAUUCCUGGUUCAACCCCCAAUUCCGAGCGGCCAUAAAGGGCAUCUGGGAUGAGCAGAAAAGGCGUCAGAAGUUUGAGACAACCGAGAUUCUAAUGCACAAAUCGGAGACGCGCGUCCAGAAGCAGACAGUGAAUUCGAAUUCGCCGAAGACGACAGCCAAUUUACUG